AGAUGCUGCUUGGCUGCUGGAUCGCUGCACCGCUGCUGCUGCUGCUGCUGCUGCUGUCGGCUGGGACUCGGGCUCAGAGCGGAGAUGGAGACACGGACAUGGAGCCCAGAGUCAGCUGCACCUCUGACAUCCUGAUGGCAGGAAGUAGUCUGAGCUGUAAACUGGUCGGAGGCCGGAGCGACAGUGAGGACGAUGAAGACGAAGAGGCUGAUGUCAUAGACAGGAUGACAGUGUGCUACUUCGACUGGAGUGGAAAUAAAAAAGAAGAGAAGUGUUUGAAGGUUCCUGGAGACACAGUCACCUCCAAAGAUCUGCUUCUUGUCCUUGACUUCAACGUGUCCGUCCACCUGAAGACAGGAAGCUCGACCACAACCAUGGUGGACCUGAAGAAAAUAGUCAAACCGAGAAGUCCUCAGGUGAAGAACGUGACUUUCGACCACGAGUCAAACCAGGCUGUGAUUCGUAUUCAGACUCCGUACCACAAAGACUACCUGACACUCGACAACCAACUCUUCCAGCUGCUCAUCCAGAGCCCCGGCAGAACAAUACCUCAAAACUUCUCAUUGGACACUCUAAAGAUCGACAUGCAGCACCUCCGCAAACACACCGAGUAUCAUGUCAAAGUGCGAGCGUUACCAGUGAAAGGUUGGCAGGGUACCUGGAGCGAGUGGAGUGAAACGUACAGCUUCUUUACUCCCGCUGGAGAAGAAAAACAGAUGGACGGGAGACGGGAGACGUACAGACUGCUUCUGUGUUUUGUCGUUUUGCUGGUGGUGCCUUUAAGUGUUAUUUUCUUCUGGAAAAACAAAAUUUUUACCUACAUGUGGCCGAGCAUCCCGCACCCCAAACACACGCUGGUGCAGAUCUGCAAGCCAAAUAAAGGCCUCCUGUUGAACUUCAAACCUGAAGUGUUCAGCGCUCUUAAAGUGGAGAAGAUGGAGGAGCAGCCGUGUGAGGAAACUUCGAUCGCUGCUGCAGCCGCUGACGGUGCUCACUCCGAAUUUCCCGGCUCUUCCCACAGCUCUGACUCCUCCAGGAGCACCACCAGCGUCAGCACAGAGGAGCUGGAGCUGUCUGCCCUGCUGAGCCGGAGCUCCUCCGAUGGAGAGGACGCCCUCCAGAGCACCAGUCCGUCCCCCGUCCAAGUGCAGCCGCCCGAGGAGAGAGCUCACACACCUCAGCCUGAGCGCAGCGGCGGAGGGAAUGAGGCAGAGGCUUACGUCACCAUGUCCAGUUUUUAUCAGAUCAAGUAGGUCAGAAGGACGAAGAGGGACAGUGAUGGACGGAAACUCUGACCGGCCACAAAAUGAUUAACUGUCCUUCAGUGUCAGUCAGUCCACGUCUCUGAUCCACUCUGGAAUAUCUCUAUUUCCAUCAACGUUUCACAGAUGUUCACUUCGUCAGUCUGUCCAGGAUUUCGCAGGCUGUGUUUGGGAUUGUUGCGGCCUGAUAUUUCUCAUUUCAAAAAAUUCUUUACAACUUCUUUUGGCCUUUUUUUGCAGUUCAAUUUUUGGGCAAGUGGAAAUUACAAGAGUAGCUGUGAUGCUGUUUCUGAUUCGGAGCUCAUUAUCGUGAGCGCUCAGUGUUUCCCACAGAAUUAGAAUCUAUUCGUGAUUUGCGGAGAUGGGGGGUGUCUGCAUCAACAGCUGAUCACCAACAAUCAGCUGCUGAUGGUGUUUGACGCAGAGCUGCAGGAGCGUCUCCAUAAGCUGCUCCUCUCCUGCUGAGAACAUCAGACACCGAGCUGACACCAAAACAGCUCGACUCUGUCAUUAAACCUGUUAAUAACCGUUAGGUCACGUUAGCCACGUGAUGCUAACAGUUAGCCCUGUCACUGUGUGUGUGACCCUGAGCUCCUGUCCUGCACGGAGCUCCACCAUGAAAUCAGAUGUUAAUAGUCAAAUUUGUGGUUAAGUUUCAGUGACCGCUCAAAAUUCACAGGGAUUGGCUGAUUUUGUGUUAAUUGUUGUGACUAUAACAUCCUGCACAGAAGGCAUUGGCCAGAGGAUGAACCCUCGAACACCACCAUGAGGUGGUGUGUUUUUUUUAGUGAAAUAUUAGCAACAUUUCCUGGACAGUGUUGGACGGGUCUUCACGGUCUCACUGACUCUCAGUGAUCCUUUCACUUUUCCUGUAGCGCCACCAGCAGGUCAGAGUUGAUUUUAUUCACCCCUUGAUGUCUCCAGUUUUUUAAAUGGUCAAAGUCUGUGCAGCAGAGUUUUUAUUUUUCCUUCAGCGAGUAAAAGUGGAGAUAUUUUAUUUUUAUCUCUCUCUGGAGUCCAGAGUGUGACAGUAGCAGUUUGUUAAAUGUGGGCUGUUGACCCAGAGAGACGGAAAUGUAGCUUUAUGUUUAUUUUGUUGCUUUUGACGCUGUACGAUUGUAUCAAGUAUAUCUGAAUCAUAUAUGGCACAUUGUAUACUGACAGACCUCCUCAUACAGUCAGCUGCUGUGUUUCUGCAGGUUUUACUACAAAUCACAGAGAAGUGUCUCCAGAGAGCGUCCAGACGGCACUGGUUAAGGCUCAGCUCAUCUUUCAGCUGAGCGCCAUGUUCUCUGUAGUGAAGCAACCAAAUAAAAAGAUUCAGUUGGAGGGUCGUCCAACGACUCACAGAUGGGUGACAAAUGAAAAUAAAUCUCCGUCUGAGGUGAGUUACUUAAGUGUUGUUCCACUAGAACACCUUCAGUUCUCCUCGUCAUAGAGUUUUACACCGCCUGUUCAAGGAAGGUCACGCCGACAUGCCGCCUCAUUGUUCUGUAUAAAUGGUACGAUCGUGACACAGAGGGACAGAGGGAAUUUUGUUUCAUGUGCAAGCAUGCAAAUGACAAUAAACAAAUGAAAUGAAAUGAACCCCCUAAAACCCAAACCUCUGAGGAAGUUCUAAGCCCUCUAGCUCUGAGCCCUAAGAUCCCUAAAUGAUGUACAAAUUAAUGACAGAUUAAAGUAACCACAAAAACCACUUAACAGACCACAAGAACCACAAAGAACCUCUCAAAUGGCCACUAGAACCACCCUGAGGAUUCCUAGAACCUCCUCAGUGAUGGCUACCAUCAUAUAAAUGAGCCCUAGAAUCUUCUCAGUGAACGUAACAACCCCCUGACACACAACAAGAAUCAUAUAGAACCCCUUAAAUGACCUCUAGAACCACCUUAAGGAUGAGUUGAACCUCCUUACAUCUAAACCCAAACCUUUGAGGAGGUUGUAAGCCCUAAGAUACCUAAAUAAUGUACAAAUUAAUGACAGUUUAAAGUAACUAGAGUAACCUGAAGAUCUACCUGACAGACCACAAGAACCACAGAGCUUUGUCAAUGACCACUAGAACGACCUUAAUGAUUCCUAGAACCUCCUCAGCGACCACUGGUAUCACAUAAACAUACAUGACCAUAACAACCAAACAAACCAUUAGAACCACCAAAAGGACCAGUGGAACCACCUCAAAGCCUUAAUCCAAACCUUUGAGGAAGUUCGAAGCCCUCCAGCUCUCAAAAUGAUGUACAAAGUAAUUACAGAUUAAAGUAAGUAUCCACAAAAAACACCUAACAGACCAAAAGAACCAUUUAAAUGACCAUUAGAACUUCCUCAGUGGACACCAGAACCACCUAAAGGACUACAACAAAACCCUCUGUGUUCACAAGAACCAUGUAGAACCUAAACAUCAGAAAAUUAAGAUGAAAGUAACUAGAAUAACCUGAAGAACCACCUGACAAACCACAAGGACCAGGUAGAACCUCUUAAAUGGACAACAGAACCACCUCGAGGACUACUACAAACUCCUCAGUGUCCACAUGAACCUCUUAGAGGACCACACCUGACCACACCCCUAGAUCCACCUAAGUGAGUGCUAGAACUUCCUCAAAGACCACCUCUUGAAUGUCCUCAGCACCGCGCUGGCACAAAGGUCUACGCUCUUCUUUUUUUUUGGGCUUUCCUUAGAAGCUACCUGGCAGAUCAGUGACCUCAGUCUGGGUGGAGGUGAUGUAGCGUUAAGGUGCAUCACACUGUGCCUGAUCUAUUUCACAGCAGACAGGUUUCUGAUCCAGCUGGGAGGCAGGGCGGUCCGGUAUCAGAACCCCGGCUAAGUUUGAGCUGCUGCAGGUCAGAGUCUGGAGCUGCUGCUGCGCUCCUGCGGAGGUGAAGAGGUCGAGCGUUUGAGUCGUUCAGGUGUUUCCUUUUAAUUUGUCACCCGUCUGUUUGAUUUGAGCUAAAACGUUCAGAAACACCAGCGAGGUCUUUUUAAAAAAAGCUGCUCGUAUCUGCACUGAAACUGUUAAAGAACUUCAGCUGUUGUUCGUCAUGGAUCAGGCUCGUCUCCCUCUGCUGACCAGCAGUACGUGUCGUUCUGGUCAGACAGGUGACACGUGCUGCUGCAGCGACCUGACCCCACACCAAGCACCAUGCUGCUUCUUCAUGUAUCUGACACAACCUAAACCUCAUGUUUCCUCACAGUGACGGCUGAACGACAAACACAGAAUGUACACUUUAUUUCCUCUCUGGUCUGAUUGUAAUAUUUCAGCUGUGUGUACUACACCAUAACGUCUGAUUGUACAACAUGUUCUUUAUUUAAACAGAGCUGACGGUGUUGCAUGUAAUAAAACAGAACAGUUAAGAAGUGA